CUGGGGGAAAAAAAAGAAACAUCAGUCUACCGGACCGAAGCCAAAGACAGCGUUGUACAAAAUUUAUGCCGACACGUUGAUUAUUAGAAAAAAAAAAAAAAAGUUAUUAUACUCAUUGUCAGUUCAAAAGCGGAUGUUCUAAAGUAGCUAUUAUUAUGGAUCACCUUUAGGAAGUUAUUAUAUUAAACGACUUAAUAUUUUUAAUAAAUUUCCUAAUGCAACCUACGUAAUAGGGUGAAGACCCUGACUUGUUUUUAAUUAUAUUUUUCUAUAGCUUUUCCCUUGGUCAUCCCUCCAUCUUUUUCCUAUCUUUUCAAGAAUUAUAUUUUCUCCAAGAUGCUAUUAUACCAAGCCAGUGUACUGUUAUUGAGCGCGGCUUCUCUAUCGGUGAUUCCGUCGACAGUGGCCUUCGAAUACAGAGCACCUACGCCUGACGAACUACAAAAACUGAAAGCGACUGCCUUCCGUGCGGCUCAUCACCAUUAUCACCAUCACCAUCCCCACGCUCAUCCGUACGCAGCAGCGAAACACUAUGCUCAACAGCUCCAACGACAACAGCAAGCGCCACCCUCCUCCUCCGCAGGUGUGGACGAAGAAUGUCUUGUAUUUGAAGACCAAUUUGAACAGUUUAAUUUGAAAACGUGGCAACAUGAAAUCACACUGAGUGGAGGAGGCAAUUGGGAGUUUCAGUAUUAUACCAACAAUCGAUCGAAUAGUUUUGUAGAGAACGGUGUGUUAUACUUGAAACCUACCUUGACUUCGAUGACGGUAGGAGAACAGGCGGUGACAGACGAUGGGAAAAUCACCUUAUGGUCAGGUCAACCGUCCGAGGAUUGUACUGACAAUUCCAACUAUGGUUGUGAUAGAUCAUCUGGAGCUGUAGCGGAUGGCAAUUAUUUGAACCCUAUUCAAUCCGCUAGAAUUAGAACCAUUGAUUCUGUUAGUUUGCGCUAUGGCCGAGUGGAAGUGAGAGCAAGAAUGCCUAUAGGAGACUGGUUAUGGCCGGCUAUUUGGAUGAUGCCUAAAUAUUCAUCGUAUGGAAGUUGGCCUGCGAGUGGCGAAAUUGAUAUUGCAGAAGGAGUGGGCAAUCGAAACUUUAUCGCCAACGCCUCUACGAUAUCGUCCACGCUUCAUUGGGGACCCAACGCUUACUUGGAUGAAUAUCUGAGGACUUCUGAAAGUAUUGUUUUUGACAGCGGUAACCGUCGUAAUGGUACGUGGGCGGAUGAUUUCCAUACGUAUGGGCUUGAAUGGACGCCCAACGGUAUCCGCACGUAUGUCGAUACGGCCACUAUUUUGCAGGUGGAUUUUGAUCAACCUGCUUUUGAACGCGGGGAAUUUGAUGCCAACACCACGAUGAAUCCAUGGAAAUCGGGCAACUUGUCUGCCCCGUUUGAUCAAGAAUUCUUUUUGAUUCUGAAUGUCGCUGUAGGAGGUACGAAUGGCUAUUUCCCGGACGAUAAAGCCAAGCCUUGGCAAAAUGAUAAUGCGCAUGCCAUGAAUCAGUUCUACAAUGCCCGGGACACAUGGUUGCCUACGUGGGGCGAGGGCAAUAGACGCGCCUUGGCCAUUGACUGGAUUAGAAUGUGGUCUUUUGAUAAAAAUGACACACGAUGCCGUACAUAGGACCCCCUUUCUCCAUGUUGAUCCAGCCAAUCAAACCAUGCCAGAUAAAAAUUCAAACCCCACCCUUAUUUAUUAUGCUUUUUUUAAAUGUCCUACCUAAAAAGAAAACUUUAUGCUGUACUUUUUUUCCCUUUUUUUUUUUUUUCUUUUUUU